AGAAUUAACGGCCGGGUUGUGGGUCACUGUUGCGUUGCACACACACACACACACACACUUGUGUGAACAUAUGUGCACACACUUGCAUGCGUGCACACUCAUAUACACAGGUGUGCACCCACUUUUCUGCUGCUUUGUGUUCUCUGGCUCUUUAGCCUGGAGAAUUAAUUGUCCUGACCAAAGGGGCUCUCUUGGCCCUGGUUCAGCCUUGCCCGACCCCCAGCCCCUGCCGGUGAGGCGUCGCUGGCUGGCGGUGACUGGGAGCUGCCCUGGCUUUUAAGCAGGAAUUGACCUGAGGGUUUGAAGCGUGGAGGCAGGAAGCCCGAGGAGGGCACAGUGUGGCCUGGGAGAGGUGGGGAGAAAGAAUGUCAGGAGGCAAAACGAGCAGGGCCUGAGCAGACUCUGGCUUCCGGGUUGAGGCCACAGCCAGGGCAGGGCUCCCGGGAGGAGUAGAUCUGGGGAGGGGACAGGGAUCCUAGGGUGCUUUGGGCACAAUGAGCUCCAAAGGGCUCCGGAGAGGGUGACAGCAGAGGAAGCUGGGACGGGGCAGCAAACACAGCUGGUGAGUGGCAGUGAGGCUGGGCUGGCUGCCGCCAACACUGGCCACACACAAAGGUCUGCACAGCGUCCCAGGCCCGGGAUCAGGAGGGUCCCCGCCUGCCUUCCCUGGGUCACCCUGUUGGCCGGCGCGGGCCCUGGGGGGCCGGGGAAACGCUGUUCUGUUGCAUUCGUGCCUCCCUCGAGGCCGAGUUAAACUUUGACCAAGGAAAUGAUUACUAAACCCUACUCCGUAAGUGUCACCUGGUGACACUUUAAUUCCAGUCCGGGUGACUUCAGCCUCCACCUUCUCCAUGUUCCAAAUUUAGCUUUUUCUGGGGGGUUGGAGCAGCUGCGUCUCCGGAGGGAUGUUGGUGGCCUCAGGGUCACACCACAAGGCCUCAGGACCCAGUUGGAGCCACCCCAAGUGACAGCCAGUGGGCAGAUGCCCAGAGAGCCCGAGUCAGCGGAGCCGGUGGGCCCUGACAUGCCCCUGGCUGCCCGGCGGGGCAGGCAGGCGCGGGCACCGCUGCGGGGCAAGCCGGCCCGGCGUGCUGGCCCCUUUGCCCCGGGCCGGCCCCUGUGAAGCGGCGCCUCCUCUGGGCCCCGAGACGGGCUCCAUGGCAUUUGCUGAGCUCCUGGACAGAGUGGGCGGCCUGGGCAGGUACCAGGCUCUCCAGACGGUGGCUCUGGUGCUCCCUAUCAUGUGGCUCGUCGCUCAGACCAUGCUGGAGAACUUCUCGGCAGCCGUGCCCAGCCACCGCUGCUGGGUGUCCCUCCUGGAUAACAGCACCUCCCAGGCCAGCGUCCUGGACGCCGAGACCCUCCUGGCCGUCUCCAUCCCACCCGGCCCCAACCAGGGGCCCCACCCGUGCCGCCGCUUCCGCCAACCACAGUGGCAGCUCCUGGACCCCAACGCCACGGCCACCAACUGGAGCGAGGCGGCCACGGAGCCGUGUCUGGACGGCUGGGUGUACGACCGCAGCACCUUCACCGCCACUAUCGUGACCAAGUGGGACCUGGUAUGUGACUCUCAGGCCCUGAAGCCCAUGGCGCAGUCCAUUUACCUGGCAGGGAUGCUGGUGGGAGCGGCCAUCAGUGGCCCAGCCUCAGACAGGUUCGGGCGCAGGCUGGUGCUGACCUGGAGCUACCUUCAGAUGGCCAUGUCGGGCACAGUGGCCGCCGUGGUCCCCACCUUCCCCCUGUACUGCCUGUUCCGUUUCCUGGUGGCCUGUGCCAUCGCGAGUGUCAUGAUGAACACGAGCACUCUCUUGAUAGAGUGGACGUCAGCACAGGCCCGAGCCUUGGUGAUGACCUUGAACUCUCUGGGCUUCAGCUUAGGCCAGGUCCUGACGUCUGCAGUGGCCUAUGGUGUUCGGGACUGUUCGACGCUGCAGCUGUUGAUCUCAGCCCCCUUCUUCCUCUGCUUUGUGUAUUCGUGGUGGCUGGCAGAGUCUGCACGAUGGCUCCUCUCCACCGGCAGGCCUGACCGUGGCCUGCAGGAGCUUCGGAGGGUGGCUGCCAUCAACGGGAAGAGGGCAGCAGGGGACACCCUGACCAUCGAGGUCCUGCUCUCAGCCAUGCAGGAGGACCUGAGUGUGGACCAGGCUCCCUCCAGCCUGGGCACCCUGUUCCGCACGCCCGGACUGCGCCUCCGGACCUGCGUCUCCACGCUGUGCUGGUUCGCCUUUGGCUUCACGUUCUACGGCCUGGCCAUGGACUUGCAGGGCCUGGGCAGCAACAUCUUCCUGCUCCAGGUGCUCAUCGGGGUGGUGGACAUCCCGGCUAAGGCAGGCACCCUACUGCUGCUGGGCUGCCUGGGCCGCCGCCCCUUGCAGGCCCUGUCCCUGGUGCUGUCGGGGGCCUGUAUCCUGGCCAACACGCUGGUUCCCCGAGAGCUGGGGGCCUUACGUUCAGCCCUGGCCGUGAUGGGGCUGGGGUGCAUGGGGUCCGCCUUCACCUGCAUCACCAUCUACAAUGGCGAGCUCUUCCCCACGGUGCUCAGGAUGAGGGCAGUGGGCCUGGGCCAGAUGGCAGCCCGGGGGGGAGCCUGCCUGGGGCCUCUGGUCCAGCUGCUGAGCACACUCGGGUCCUCGCUGCCCCUGCUGGUGUAUGGGACGGUGCCCGUGCUGAGUGGCCUGGCCACGCUGCUGCUGCCCGAGACCCGGAACCUGCCACUGCCCGACACCAUCCAAGAUGUGCAGACCCAGACAGUAAAGAAGGCCGCACAGCGCACACAGGGGCGCCCCGUCCUGCUUUCCACGCAGCUCUAGCCUCCCGGGAAGCCCGCCGCGGGUCGCAGGAGGACGGGCAGGAGGAGGCUUCUUCUGUCCUCCGGAGAGGGCAGGGAAGCACAAAGGCCUCACCUCCAGGGCCAGUGCUGCCCUCUGGGCCCUCGCUCUCCCACCUGGCUGUCCCUCCUGCCCCUCGCUGUCUGAGGCGCCCCCUUCAACACGGAGGGGCAUGACGGGUUGGGUGGCAGGAGGCGCGUGGGGCACCGGCACCCCAGCACUCCCUCGUGGCGGUGAAGAGGAGCGGGCCAGGCCUAGGGGAAGGGGCCAGCCCCGUUGACCCUGCCCCGUGCCGCCUCCUCACUGCCCACUGCCGCCCGUCCACCUGCACAGAGCUGGGAACUGCCCAUCACCCGCGGUCAAGACCUGGCCUGGCUCCGCACCGGCAGGGGUCUCAGCUCCUCAGGUUCACGCAGAGGCCCCUGGCAGCCUGGGCCUCCACCCCGGGCCUCCCCACGCGUCUGCACACCCCAGCCGCAUGCCCGCCUGUGCCUGCAGCCCCCCACUGCUCGCAUGCCCAACAGACUGCACUCCGCCUCCCAGACCCAGGACAGCGGCCCUCCUUCAGGGCUCCAGCGCCAGGCCCGAGGCACUAGUGAAACCCUCUCCCACGAUCACCGCCACACACUGUCUCCUCCCAGCCCCGCAGCCUGCGAGUUGUCAGAGAGCUGGGCUGGCCCCAUGCCCCCACGUCCCUGCUCCCACCCGGGGCCAGGCCGGAGGCACAUUGGUGUGAGGACAGACGAAAGAGUGAAUAAAGGAACGGAUGAGCGGACGCCCCCAAGCCUCCAGUUGUGCCAGAGAUGCGCACCGGGUCCCCAGGGUUGGGGAAGGAGGAACGUGUGGUGGUCCCUUGCCGGGCUGGCGGGGGAGGGGGGCGCCUUUCCCAGGCCAGUUUUCUACUCCAUGUGGCAGGCUGCAGGGGCCAUGCUGGGCACCUCAAAGCAUCUUUUCAUUUCACCUUUUUCUGAACCCUGUAGGGGAGAUGUUGCCCCCAUUUUACAGAUGAAAAACUGAGGCUUGGAGACACUGCCUGCAACACGCAGCUAGGAGGGGGCUGUAUCAGGACUCCAACUCUAGUCGGCCAGUCUCCAGAGCCCGACUCUGACCACAAUAACCUGUGCUCCCCUCACCAGCCUCACAAGCCGGUGUCCAGCGACGCUCCUCGAGGGUAGUGGCAGGGCCUCCUCAUCCUCUCAGGCUGAGCCGGGCCCGCUCACGGGAAGCACAGUGCAGGGCGGCAGAGAUGUGGGAGCAGGCAGGAGCCACCCACUGCCUGGCCAGGUCCCCAUCAGCUGUGCCCCCCUCAGGCCACACUCAGACGGUCUCUGGGUUCACCUGUGCCUGUGUCACUGCUUCCUGGCACCUCCGUUCAGGGCUGUACCCCCACACACACACACACCUGAGAUGUGUGCCCAUGUACACACGCAGGAUGGGAAAACAGAAGGCAGCUCCUUGCACACCCCACAAGGCAGGGACCACCCCCUGGCCUGGUCUUGUCAGCCGCAGCCCCUGAGCCUCUGUGGAGUCAUGUCCUUCGGCCGUCUGCUUAUGGCCACCCCUCAGGGAGGACCCCAGGGCAAAGGCAGGGCAGGGGUCUUGUCUGUGAAGGUGCCUGAAGAUGAGGUGUCCCAGCCUGCCCUGGCCUUUCCAUCUUUUGUCUGCUGCUGGCUGAGCCCCAGGGCCUUGCUUACCCUGGCUCAGCAUUCUUGGGGCCCCAGGGUGUCCAGAAGCUCCCAGAAGGCAGAACCCAGGGCUGGUGGGAGAUGGCUCCCCAUCUCCCCCAGGGUGUCCCUCCAGCUCACCUAGUGGGUCAGGGCUUCCCCUCUGCCCACAUUCGGAGUGGCCUUGUUCCCAGUCCUGCCGGGACCUAGGGCCUACUGGCUUCCAACAUGUCACCCCUCAAUUAGCUCAACAGGACCUGGAGUCUGGGAGGGCCUCGAGGUGGAGUCUCCUGACAUAUCCCUGCGAAGACCACCUGUCAAGGAGCCAGGGUGCCCGAAUCUCAACCACCCAGGGACUGUUGGGACUUUCCUGGGGUCGCUGCCAGGGACUCACAUCAGGCCUAGGUGCUAAGUUCAACAUCAGAAGCACAAGAUGGGCCGGGCUUGGUGGCUCAUGCCUGUAAUCCUAGCACUCUGGGAGGC